AUGGCAACCAAUUCUAUCAAGUUGCUGACCGGCAACAGCCAUCCGGAGCUGGCCCAGCUGGUUGCAGAUAGGCUAGGGAUUGAGUUGACAAAGAUUAUGGUCUUGCAGUAUUCCAAUCAGGAGACCAGUGUGACUAUUGGAGAGAGUGUUCGAGACGAAGAUGUUUUCAUCCUCCAGUCUACGAAACCCAAUGAUAUCAACGAUGGCUUGAUGGAACUCCUUAUAAUGAUCAACGCUUGCAAGACUGCGUCAGCACGACGUAUCACUGCCGUUAUCCCCAACUUCCCGUACGCUCGACAGGACAAAAAGGACAAGAGUCGUGCCCCAAUCACCGCGAAGUUGAUGGCCAACAUGUUGCAGACUGCUGGUUGCAACCAUGUUAUCACCAUGGACCUCCAUGCCAGUCAAAUCCAGGGUUUCUUCAAUGUGCCGGUAGAUAACCUCUACGCCGAACCAAGCAUGCUUAGGUGGAUCCGUCAGAACCUAGACAUCAAGAACUGUGUCAUCGUCAGUCCUGAUGCCGGUGGAGCGAAGAGAGCAACAGCCAUUGCCGAUCGACUCGAUCUUCAAUUCGCCUUGAUCCACAAGGAGCGUGCAAGGCCUAAUGAGGUCUCCCGUAUGGUUCUUGUUGGAAGCGUUGAGGGUAAAAUCGCUAUCAUCGUUGACGAUAUGGCUGAUACCUGUGGAACUCUGGUUAAGGCCGCUGAUACCUUGAUGGGCCAUGGGGCGAAGGAGGUUGUUGCCAUUGUCACUCAUGGCAUCUUGAGUGGAAAGGCUAUUGAGACGUUGAACAAUGGCCGCUUGAGCCGAAUUGUGGUCACAAAUACUGUUCCGCUCAACGAAAAGAAGGACCAGUGCUCGAAACUCGAGACUAUUGAUAUCAGUCCCGUAUUGGCCGAGGCCUGUAGGAGAACUCACAACGGUGAAUCGGUUAGCUUUUUGUUCUCACAUGCUGUAUCUUAA